AUGAUGGUUGGCCCCGAAGCCCCCAGCUAUAUCGAAGUACCACAAUCGAUCCAACCCGAUCUCCCUCGUCGUCCGCAGCUCAAGGGUACUCUUCCUGUCCCCAGAGAGCUAUUCCCGGCCAAUCGACCCGACAAACCUACCGAAUCAUACAUUUCAGACGCUGCACCGUUGCCGUCAAACACAACCCUAAAGGUCUCACCAGACCACCCUCAAUAUGAACGUCUCCAAUGGAAACAGAAAAUGGCAGAGAACAGGAGGAAGAACCUGCGUGAAGGUCUCUUGGAGCUACAUGAACGCAAGAAAAAUUCUCACCGAAGAAUGGUCGCCAGGAGCAAUACCAGAGAGAAUCUUCGAACUCAAAUCAUGAAUCAGCCACCGCGAAAAGAUGAACUUCUCACAGCACCUACAACGGUUUCGGCUAUGAAACCCACCAAAUGCAAGGUACUACCGAACCCGGGUGCAGAAGAACGAUUGGCGCAGUCAAUUGUAAAAGUCCAGGAGGCUCAGGCCGCCAAACGUGAGGAUAUGAUGAAUUCACUCCACGAACUUUACGUGAAUGCGCAGAAGUUUAUCGUCAACGAAGAGCAACUCAAAGCCGAGCUCGAACGUGUCUUCCCUGAUAAGAAUAACCCUGACUGGGCUAAUGGACGUCGUGCUGGAGACAGCAUUUGGAACUUGGGUCCCCCACCUACUAUGAGUUCGCUGGCCUACCAAACGAAGGAUGAGCUGACCAAAUGGGAAACCGUGCAGCGACGAACCAAGAGACUUGCCGAGGAGCUUACCGGAGGCAAAAUAUAA